CCUGUUUCAUGCGGUCUGAUUCGGUGUUCAAUAGACUACGUCAGUGAACCGGUUCUAAAGUGAAACCGGACCAUGCGUAUUUCUAGGGUUUUAAGAGCCCUGCGUCUUGCUACAGGGUUAAAUUCAACCUCCCUUUUUGGAUCUUUUUGAGCCCUUGAAGCUGAGGAACCUUUGUAAGGUUGUUGCAUAUUCUGAUUGCGAUAAUGGCUCGGGUUUACGUGGGGAAUUUGGAUCCGAGAGUCUCGGAGAGGGAUCUCGAAGAUGAAUUCAGAAUGUAUGGUGUUCUUAGAAGUGUGUGGGUUGCACGAAGGCCGCCAGGAUAUGCGUUCGUUGAGUUUGAUGAUCGCAGGGAUGCUAUGGAUGCAAUUCGUGCAUUGGAUGGAAAGAAUGGAUGGCGAGUGGAACUUUCUCAUAAUUCCAAAGGUGGUGGAGGCCGUGGAGGUGGUGGUGGUGGGCGUGGACGGGGUGGUGAGGACUUGAAAUGUUAUGAAUGUGGUGAACCUGGUCAUUUUGCUAGAGAGUGCCGCCUGCGCAUUGGGUCAAGAGGUUUGGGAAGUGGUCGUCGCCGAAGCCCCAGUCCACGACGCCGUAGAAGUCCAAGUUAUGGGUAUGGGCGCAGUAGGAGUCCAAGUUAUGGGUAUGGGCGCAGGAGUUACAGCCCUCGUGGUAGAAGAUCUCCAAGACGUCGCAGUAUAUCACCUCGCCGAGGUCGCAGCAUCAGCAGAUCCCCUCCAUACCGUCACGCCCGUCGUGAUUCACCUUAUGCUAAUGGAGAUUGAGGCUGGAAGCAAAACUGAAGCAAGAGUAGAAGGACAUUAGAGGCAAUGUGCUAUACUGUAGUUCUAAUAGGACCUGUGGGUGUUAGUUAAGUUCAUGUCAUGACAAUGAGGUUUGUUAAAACUUGGUUUGGAUGGCUUCAUCAAAGUGUUUCGGCUGCUAAAGCUUAGGACACUUUUAUGUCGGCUUGCUGUCUCAGCUGCUUUCUGAAUCUUUGAGGUCUCGUACACACUUUAUAUUGCAACCUUAUUGCUGUUUAUAAUGAUCAAUAUUGACUUGCUCUUAUAAUAUUUGUUUGGGGUAAUUGUUUCUAAAAGAUUUAUAUGUUUUGUUUUGAGGUGUGGUUUUCGGCUAAAACGGCAUCGUUUCGCCACUUUACUGAAUCUUAGUGCACACGGUUUUUCUCCAUCUCUGCUUAUCUGCACUCUGCUUCUCUGCACGUUAUCUACUCCUCGUCGCCCCUGCAUGUUUGUCAGCUUGAAUCACAUGUUGAAAUUACAAAUCUUCAGAAACUUGGUUGUGCACGCCACUUUUUACUGCAUUCUUCUGCAACAAAGCUUGUGUCCUAUCUACGACCCUGUAUGUUAUUCAGCUUGAAUCACAUGUUGAAAUUACGAAUGUUUGGUACAACCGACUUUUUUAGUGCUUUCUUCUGCGACAAAGCUUCUGUCCUGCGGUGUUUACAUUUGUGCUAGCUGGUUGUGAAGCUGUUUGUUUUGCCCCCAUAUCUGCAAUCCGUUUCCAUAGUCUUGCUUAAUAUUUGCUUCUUCAAGUAGCAUUGAAUGAUCCUGCAAUGCAUCCAUCCAUCCUUGUUUGGCUUGCAUCAACGAGAUGUCCUGAUCUAGCAUAGAAUCUCUACUUUUCAUGAGUUGGAGUAUGAUGCCUUCUGGGUACUCAAUUUUCAAGUACAGGUAAUGGUUUCAAGUGUUUAUGGAGGAAAUCCAAGAACAUGUGUUUCAUGAUUUUCUAGUAUAAGGUGAAUGCCUCUAUAUGAAUCAGGGAAAUUAUCCAAGGUAAUUUUGCCCAAAAUUGUUUCGCUGGUAUAGCUUCCAGAAAAUUUUAUUGAUUUGUUGCUUUGUCUAGACAUGUGAACUUGAUUUUUGCUACAAUCCUACUUGCUCUCAAGAAAUUGUUUACCACUUAUUUGUAUCCGUGCAUAGAAGCAUCACAGUUGCUUUCUUAAAAUGCUAGAAAGCAAAACUAUUACUUGGUGAAGUGCCAAUUGACAUUGUUAUCAAGGACUUGCAGGGUUCUUUCUUUGUUGUA